GUCCACUGCAGAUAGUCGUGGGUGUUGUCCCUUUUCCUGCAAACCCUAAACCUAACCCCAUCCCUAACCCUAGUUCUUAGAGAAGAGGAACCCAAUUUCAUUGCUCUUUUGUAUCAGGGGAUUUUCGGAGCUCUCUGUGCAUUAGCUGUUGGCCGUUGCAAUGGCUAAUGGAACCUGAAACCCUAUUAAAAUAGGAUUCUAGCGUUUUAAAGCUCUGUUACUUGUUGUUAACCUAUUCUUAGGGAAGAGCACCUCCAGCAUUGUUUUUUUUAUACAUGUGCAUCAGCGGAUCUCAGAGCUGUGAGUAGUAGAAGUCAUUGCAAUGGGGUGCAGACCAUGCAAUAUUAGAAAUUUGUGAAUCUCGGGUUUUGAAGUUCAGUAACAGUGGCGGCCAUGGCGAGCUUCUCCUCUGACGAGGAGGCAUGGGAUGAUCAAAGCCGUAGUGAGAGGUGUGGGAGUUACAGUGUGAGCGCUGACGUGAGUGAGUCAGAGAGUCUGAGUAGCUUCUCAGGGAGACGAGAAAUGGCAAAUAAUUCAGGUUGGGAUGAGGCUGGAACCAGUUGCUCGCGGGGUUCUUCCCCUUUUGGAUGGCCUGAAUUUUCAAAUUCUGGUAAGCCAGUGGUUGAUUUGUCGGCCAUUGCUGGUGGUGAUGUGGUGGUAUGGGAACAGAGGAAAGAGAAACGAGACAAUGAAAUAUCUGAGUUUGAGAUGAUGAAGGAGAGAUUUGCAAAGCUUUUACUUGGGGAGGAUAUGUCGGGUGGGGGGAAAGGUGUAUGCACUGCACUUGCGAUAUCAAAUGCUAUCACCAAUCUCUCUGCUACGGUGUUUGGGGAGCUGUGGAGGCUAGAACCCAUGGCCCCACAAAAGAAGGCAAUGUGGCAUAGAGAAAUGGAGUGGCUUUUGUGCGUGAGUGAUUCAAUAGUUGAAUUGAUUCCUUCUUCACAAGAUUUUCCAGGAGGUGGAAUCCUAGAGGUGAUGAUAACUAGACCUCGCUCAGACUUGUACGUCAAUCUUCCUGCACUUAGGAAGCUGGACUCCUUGCUAAUUGGGACCCUCGAUAGUUUUCAAGAGAAAGAAUUUUGGUAUGUUGAUCGUGGGAUACUAGUGGAGAAUGUGGAUGAUGGCUACCCUUUGAUUAAGAAGCCUUCUCAGAGGCAAGAAGAGAAAUGGUGGUUACCCUGUCCAAGGGUUCCACCAAAUGGGCUGUCCAUUGAUGCAAGGAAGAGGUUGCAACAUACCCGAGAGUGCACGAAUCAGAUUCUUAAGGCUGCAAUGGCUAUCAAUAGCAAUGUCCUGGCAGAGAUGGAGGUUCCUGAUAUUUAUAUUGAGACUUUGCCUAAGAGUGGCAAGUCUUGCCUAGGUGAGAUAAUCUAUCGCUAUAUAACAGCUGACCAGUUCUCCCCUGAAUGCCUUCUCGACUGCUUGGAUCUCUCAUCGGAACACCACACCCUUGAGAUUGCAAAUCGUAUUGAAGCUGCCAUACAUGUUUGGAGACGAAAGUACAGAAAGAAACGCCCACGCCUUGAGAAAAGUGGGAAGCAAACACCAAGAAGGCUCUCAUGGAGUGGCAAGGUCAAGGGUUUCGUAUGUGAUUACGACAGAGCCCAACUCUUUGUGCAUAGGGCUGAGACCCUCCUACGUAGCUUGAGGAUUCGUUAUCCUGGCCUCUCUCAAACAGUUUUGGACAUGAACAAGAUCCAGUACAACAAGGACGUUGGUCAGUCAAUCCUUGAAAGCUACUCGAGGGUCCUGGAGAGUUUGGCCUUCAAUAUCGUAGCUCGCAUUGAUGAUUUGAUUUAUGUGGAUGAUGCAAUCAAGAGGUCAGCAGUUGCAACUGUUUCUCCAAUGGCAAGGGUCGGAAAGGGUGGUGUUCCCGUACAGAAGAAGAUCUCACCCAGCCCUUUUUCUCUCCAAAACACCCCUUAUGCUUCGCCUUUUGCAACACCAACCUUUUGUUCGUCCACACCAGUUAUAGGAAGCCCCACUAGAGGUCCUCGUUCCCCUUCGACUGGUGGAAAUGGCCGGCCCAACCAAUGCAGGGGGGAGAAAUUGGUGGGUUCCGACAUGGAUAAGGUGUGGUCCUAUGCUGGAAAUUUGGGAACUAGGAAGGCUCGCGUUAGUCCUCCGGAGCGUGACUGAUGGUAUUGUCUAAAAAAAAGAUCAUUUAUUUUUUAUACAUAGAGGUCACAAUCAUUAUUGUUAUUUUAAAGUUUAAAUUUCAAAAUGAGCAGUUGUAAGAGUUUUAUUGAAUAGACAGUUUCAAAAAAAUAUUCUCACACUCCGUGACUCACCUGAAGCCAUCCAAUCUAACAUUUCAUGAAUGAGAAUGAUUGCAACCUCCAUGUAUAAAAAAUAUAUAGUCUUUUUGUGGACAAUCCCGCGACUAAUUGAUGGUAUUAUUGCAAAUGUAUGACUAUGAUGAUGACUAUGACCACGAUCGUUAUCAUGAUAAUGUGUUAUAUAUGGAUGGGCAAGUAUCAUUUGGAUCUUGUUUGUUCAUCUAUGGAUCAUCGGGUUUCAUUGCAAUUAUAAGCUUCUUUUUCAUGACUUUUUUUAUAAA